AUGGCAUCCCUCCGUUCGUUCGCGGCCGCGGCCCUCCUCGUCAACGGCGUCCACGCUGGCAAGCGCACACUGCCCGCUCUGGCCCAGGCCAUCAACCAGAAGAGCUUCAACGUGCUCGCCACUGUGCCGACCGCCGAGGAGUACAACGCCAGCAGCGCACCCUGGAUCCCGCAGAACUUCACCAGCCAAGGGCUGCUGGAGAAGCCGUUUCACGUCUACGACGACGCGUUCCUCGACAUCCUGGGGCCCAACCCGACCUUCACCAUCCUGGCGCAGACGCCCAAGGACCCCAUCUUCCACGAGGCCGUAGUGUGGUACAAGCCCAACGACGAGGCCUUCUUCGUGCAGAACGCCGGCAACGCCGACGCUGGCACCGGCCUCAACAAGUCGGCCGCCAUCUUCAAGAUCUCGCUCAAGCAGGCCGACGCCGUCAAGGGCUCGUGGAACGCCACCGGCAAGGUCACCGUGACCCAGGUCCCGUCCAACCCCGAGAUCCCCAACCCCAACGGCGCAACCCAGUACAAGGGCCAGCUGCUCUUCGCGGCCGAGGGACAGGGCCCCAACAAGGCCCCGGCGCUCUACGUCAUGAACCCGGUCGUGCCAUACAACACCACAGUGCUGCUAAACAACUACUUCGGGCGGCAGUUCAACUCGCUCAACGACAUCACGGUGCACCCCAAGAACCUAGACAUCUACUUCACGGACCCGACGUACGGCGAGUCGAACAACUUCCGCCCCGCGCCCGGCCUGCAGAACCAGGUGUACCGCUACAACGACAAGACGGGCGCCGUGACGGUGGCUGCUGACGGCUUCGCGAUGCCCAACGGCAUCGCGUUCUCGCCCGGCGGCAAGUACGUCUACAUCACCGACACGGGCAUCUGGCGGCACGGGCUGGAGCUGACGCUGCCUUCGUCCAUCUACCGGUACACCGUGCAGGACGACGGCACGUUUGAGAACCGCAAGACAUUCGCCUUUAUCGACACCAACAUCCCCGAUGGCGUGCACUGCGACAGCAAGGGCAACGUGUACGCGGGUGUGGGCGACGGCGUGCACGUGUGGAACCCGUCGGGCACGCUGCUCGGCAAGAUCUACACGGGGCGCACGUCGGCCAACUUCCAGUUUGUCGGCGGCGGCCGCGUCGUCAUUGGCGGCGAGACGCAGCUGUUCUACGCCACGCUGGCCGCCGAGGGCAACCUGGUUGACAGCCAGCUAUAA